AUGUUCUACCAAUGCAGACUCAGAGCUCCCUCUGACACGCACUACUUUGGACUCUGGAGUUGGACGCGACCCGCCGCGGAACUUCUAGACCUACUAUCUCUGACGAGUCCAUUACACUUCCCUCGGAGUCGGCCUCCACACGAUGUGUCAGUCCGAAAAGAGCGACCGGCAGGUCACAUAGAGAAGGAGCGCAUCGAAGCCAACACCGACCUUGCCGCGAAUUGGAUGGUCCUCGUUUCGCUAUCUCAUCAAUAUGCUGUCCAUCAGGGCUUCGCGACGGGCACGUUCGCAAUCUCAUCAGGGCAAUACAGUGUGCUCACAAACCUUUUCCACUCGACCAAAACCAAUUUGACAGUACGGUCGACAUCAAAUGACAAGGUUUGUGCACCUGGCGUGAACCCCGAUGCGUUUUCAAUGAAAUCACGAACAUUACCAAGAGUUGGGACUUAUCUGACGGCGCUCCGAACAAAUUCGCAAUAUGGGCUGCUCGGCGUUGUCAAGUUAGAUGUUGGUCAUGGCGGGGUUUUAUUUGGGCGGCAUCACAUUGGUUCUAAUCCUAAAGUUGCAGCUUCGCAGGUUAUCAUGAUCUUAGUCGGGACGGCGAUUGCUAUCACACGAUCUUUUGUCCCUUGA